GAAACUCAACUUGAACUUAAAAUAUCAAGGCAAAUAUAUAAUGUUGUUGACUUGUUCUUCUGUACCAUUCCUCUUUUCUCAACAUUCAUUAAGCUACCAUGUCUAUCACGAUGGCACAAUCAUGCCUACUCUCAACGUUCACUCUUAUACACCAAAACCAAAUUUCCAAUUAUCUCAAAUUGUGUUAAGCCCUUCAAGCUACAAAACCAAUCAUCAUGUAAUAAUAAUUCUUCAACAUUUUCACGCUCUCUCCCUCUCACUACUAGAAGGAGAAGAACCCGCCAUUCUUCUUUUCUCACAUUUGCUGUUGAUAAAUCUGGGAAUUCCGAGGAUCCAUAUGAAAAUUUGAAUGUAUUCAUUAGUAAUUUGCCUGAUGGUCUUAGGCUUGGGAAAUUGUCUAUGCUUUUUGAGGAGGUUGGGAUUGUAAAUGGUGCUUCGCUAAAUGUUGGUAAUGUUGAUGGCAAAAGUUUUGCUAGUGUAACUAUGAGUACAGUUCAAGAAGUUGAGAAGGCUAUCAAGAAAUUCAAUGGCUAUGUAUUAAAUGGAAAAUUGUUGACAGUUAGUAGGGAGAAACCAGAGCCUCGUCGUGCCUAUAAUGCCCAUUUUCUUAUCAGCGUUAGCAACUUGCCAAAGGAUGUUGACAGUGGUCGCUUGGAGGAAAUUUUCAGCAAAUAUGGUUCGGUUUAUGAUGUUCAGACAGACUAUAACGAACAGUUGGAUGAAUCAACUGGCUCUCUUACAAUGACCAAUGAGUAUCAAAUGAUUAAUGCCAUUGCUGCUCUUGACGGUCAGAGCUUGGACGGGAAGGUAAUCAGAUUGUUUGUUGAAACUUUAGAGAUCAAGAGCAAAAUGUUUGAAUAAUUUUACAUCUCCAUGUUCGAUUAUGGAAGCUCCAAACACGGAACCAAAUAUAUAUAGGCUUAAUAUUGUUGUAAUGCGUCGAGUGUGAAUUAAAGUUCAGACAACAAUAUGAAUAUGCACUUAAUAAUUUAUGAAACAAACACUGAGUACUUGGA